CCCCCCCCCUCAAAAAAAAAAAAAAAAAAAGGCAAAAAGAAAAGAAGGGAUCUUUCCCUUUCCUUUACCCAUGCCGCUCUGGAUGGACAGAAGCGCGCUCUGAAGGGAUACGAAUUCUGAAAGCGAGAAUCCACCUAUUAUUCAUCCCUGACCGUACAAGUAAUGACGGGGUAACAAAUAAUUAACUAUUGGAAGAAAGAAAGCACUCCAUGGAUUAUGGCCUGCCAAGAGGGGAUCGAGAGCGGCGCUACCGCUGCAACGCAACGCAACCAACGACAUCGGUGGGCCGUUGGCAAGAAAGCUGAACUGGGAAUUUCUCGGAAGGUUGGUGGUGGUAUAUAUAAACCAGAUCUACUACUACUACUACUACUACUACUACUACUACUACUACUACUACUACCACCACCUGCCUAUGCCCCCGGUGGUGAGCGCUUAGAUGGCGCUGAUUCGCCGCCGGGCCAGCCACUAAGUGGCUAG